GUGUGCGGGUGCAAGAAGAAGGUGCAGUGAGACAUGCACGUUGUGGCAGCAGAAGCAUGCGAGGAGGCAUCAGCCGAGCAUCUGAAAUUGCCUCUGAUGGAGCAGGAGCUUCUCACGCGUCCUCGGGCCGGGGGAGGAUAGCCCAUGUUCAGCACUCUGGGUCUGCUGGCAUUGGCCGGUCAGUCGUUGUUUUGUCAGUGAGGAUACGCAGUGGUCUUUCGUUGAGUCUGCUCACUGUUUGGAGAUGCUGACGUCCUGUACACAUGAACCCUGGUAUUACACUUACCCCCUGAAGUCCGGUGUGGAGCCCAGUGCCUUAAUCCAGUUUGGCCUGGUGCAGCUGACCUGCCCCACGUGCAGUGUAGCUCUCUGAUGCCUCUUUCUUCUGGCAUCCUUCGCAUCCUUUCCUCUUUACCUUUGCUGUUUUUUCUGACAUCCAGGAAGGGUUCCUCUCUCGGGGUCUUCCAGGUCCUGGGUGGAUGCCCUGCUCACUUAAAUGGGGUGCUCCAGUGCUGUGGAAAAGCCAUCCAGAAGUGCCCCAUUCCUGUCAGAGUUGAUCUGAGGACAGAAUUUCUUUCCGUGUGGUUACUCUUGCCCAGGAUCUCAACUUCUCCCAUGGUCAAUAACUGAACCUUGACGUACGUGGGACGCAGCUUGUCAGUAGGAACCGUACAUCGACUGGUGUCACGGAAGUGUCGGGCUGUGGCAGGUACCGAUCCCUCUCCCGGCUGCCUUUGCCUCUUGCACCGAAACUGCUGAGAUGGAUUUCUGGUAAACAGCUCACGAGUUCUUCCGAUUGCAGCAAUUUGAUGCUCCUGGCUUAGAGAAAAGACCGAGAGUUUGGCUGCUCCUGUGUGCGCCUGUCGCAUGUUUAAAGCGCCGCUCUGGAAGUCAUUAAUUACAGCCCUGCUGAGAUGGGCUAAGCUGUCCUCUCUUCUGAUAGAGAUCUCCCGAGGGCUUCUUUAAUGGCGCUGUCAGAUGUUUCUGCAUUCCUGCGUGGAGCAAUUACUUCUCCCGUGUAAUUUGCCCACUGAUUGAGGAGGUCUUCCACAAGAUAGGAUACUCGUUCAGCUUCCACGACGCUUGGUGUUUUCUUCCUGCUGCACUUUGGCAGCUGGUGGCAGCCAGGCUCGUGGUGAUCUCAGGAGGGGACCCUUCUUCCAAAAGGCUUCCCUCCGACACCGUGGUCCCUUUAGCGGAGGUCUCUGCUGUUCCCGUGGGGGUCUGUGGCGGUUUAGGCCAGGUGGCAUGGAGUUCCACCACGCUGGUGCCAGGCACUUUGCGGUGUGGGUGCCUGGCAUGGAGCCGUGGGUGUUCAUGGACCAGACUGGUGGGAGGAGUAAGUGGCCACUGCUCAGGCACCGCUUCACCGCACUGAACUGCCCUGAAUCCUCCAGGUUCGCCUUCCCAGAGGUGGGCUGACGUUCCCAGUCGGAGAUGCAAACCUGAAAGGCAGCAGGCAUGUCUGGCCCUCGUAGGUGCUGCACCAGCAAGGGCGCAGGUUGUACUUCGUAGGGCACCCAUUGCUAGGCUGAUGGCUUUUCUAGCUCUUUGGGAGCUGUGGACAGCUGCUUGUCUGAUGGUGGUAUCUGCCCUCGGGCAGAGACGUGCCUUCCGUCAGGGUCCAGGUUUCAGAGGUGCCUUUGGUGGCCUCCGCAGGCUCCAACCGUGUGAUUUCCAGGAGGCUGCUGGUGGGGCCGAUUAUCUAGCUGGGCUUCGCAUCCAAUCUCGCAUGGAAUUUGCAGUCACUGCACAUUUGUACGGUAGGAACCUGGCUAAGGGGAUGGCUUUAAUUAGCUUGUGUCUCGGCUGGGACAUGGAGGCCUCCAGAGGUGAGGAAGUGCCAGGGGAAGUCAGCAGAGCCCCAGGACCAGAUACGGGAGGUUGUGUUUAAGGAAAAGACCUGCAUGGAGCAGCAGAUUUUCCCUCUAGAUCGGUGGUUAGCAAGGCGGAAACCAGCCACAGUGCUGGUCUGGCACCUCCCAAAGGCUUCGGAGCGAUGGCUCCUCCCUUGGCAGCUGCUUUCUCCCCCACCCCUUUGCCUUGGAUAUAAGGCCCCCGUGGAGCAGCCCUGGCACAACACAACCUGCUCCAGCGAGGCAGACAGCAGCUGCACCUCCAGUUCCAGCCCCCCUGCUCUUGAGGAGAGUGACCCAGGCGGCCAUCGGCAUGGACAGAUGCAGACUUCAGUGCUACGACUACCCCACCUGCCCGGAUACUGUGAAAGCUCCCAGAGAGGAGGUUGCCUACGUGACCUGUACCUACAGGGAAACAUGCAUCGACCAACCUGACUUCCUGGCCACCGUCGAUCUCAACCCCAGAUCUCCAUAUUACGGCCAGGUGAUCCACCGCCUGCCCAUGCCCAACCUCAAAGACGAGCUGCAUUCCUCGGGGUGGAGCGCUGGCUGCACCUGCUUUGACAAUACCACAGCGAAAAGGAACAAGCUGAUUCUUCCCUGUUUGAUUUCUUCCCGCAUAUACGUGGUGGAUGUGGGUUCACAGUGCCGGGCUCCCAAGCUGUGUAAGAUGAUUGAGCCGGUGGAUGUCUUCUGGAAGUGCAACAAGGGAUACCUCUGCGUAGUUCAUAGCCUGCCUAAUGGUGACGUGUUGAUCUCCAACAUGGGAGAUCCAGCUGGCAACGGGAAAGGGGGAUUUAUUGUGCUGGACGGAGAGACCUUUGAGCUGAAGGGGAACUGGGAAAACGAGUGUGAGGCCCCGCCGACUGGAUACGACUUCUGGUACCAGCCGCGCCACAACGUCCUGAUCAGCACUGCCGGAUUAGUCCCAAAGCGCGCGGGAUGUGGCUUUAAUCCCAACGACUUGAAGAAAGGGGUCUUUGGGCGCCGCCUGAACGUGUGGAACUUGUCCUGCCGCACCCUCACGCAGUGCUUUGACCUGGGGGAGGACUCUCUGCCCCUGAGCGUUAAAUUCCUCCACAACCCCGACGCUGCCGAGGGAUACGUCAGCUGCGCCCUGAGUGGCAUCGUCUACCGCUUCUACAAGUGCGAGAGAGACAACUGGUCAGUAGAAGAGGUGAUUCGGAUUCCGGCCAAGGACGUGACGGGAUGGAUUAUGCCCAAGAUGCCAGCCUUCACAGUCGACCUCAUCAUCUCCAUGGACGACAGGUACCUGUACCUCAGCAACUGGCUGCACGGAGACAUCCGCCAGUAUGAGCUCUCCAGAAGCUGCAAGCCCCGGCUGGUGGGACAGGUGUUUGUGGGAGGCAGUAUCCUGCGAGGCGGACCCGUGACCGUGUGUAGAGACGAAGAGCUGAAGUGCCAGCCGGAUCCCUUGGUGAUCAAGUGCAAGAGAGUGUACGGCGGCCCGAGUAAAAUGCAGCUCAGCCUGGACGGCAAGAGGCUGUACGUCACCAACUCCUUCUACAGCACAUGGGACAAGCAGUUCUACCCGAACGUGGUCAAGGAAGGCUCUGUCAUGCUGCAGAUUGAUGUGGACACGGAGAAGGGAGGCCUGACCGUGAACAAGAACUUCCUGGUGGAUUUUGGAAAGGAACCCAAUGGGCCUUGCCUUGCCCACGACAUCCGCUUCCCUUGUGGGGAUUCCACCUCCGACAUCUUGGCCUAGGCGCCAUGCGAACGACUCCCCGCUUCCCUCUCUUCUGUAUUGCGGCCGUUAGAAACGAGCGUAGGGUAAUUGGGUCUGGGGGUCCCCGCUCAUCGCUGGAGUCUAGAUUUCUGCUAACGUGAGCUACGGAAGCUCCGCCUUAUUGCGAGGGUUGGGUUCAGGCAGACCAGUGAGCAAAGUCACACGGCAAGUUUUCAUGUUGUUUUCAGUGCAAAGCAACCCCUGGGUCCGAUUCACAGAGCAGAGCCCGGGGCCGUUGCUCAGAUCUAGAGGUGUGCAGUGCACACAGUGCCUUUUGGCAGAAGAGAAGUGCCCAGUUCGUCUGAGUUACCGUUCUUCAGCCAGGUCGUUCCUGGAUAGUCUUCCCUGGCACGAGAGCGCUCUUGGCUCGUCUUCACGGGCUUGGGUCGGUCUGCGUCAUGGCUGAAGGAGAAUGAAGUGCUUUAUUUUGAAAAGAGGUGCCUGUUUCCUGACACUGGUUUGCUGUUGUAUUCUGCUUUAAACAAGAAUAAAACUGUUCUUUGCAUCA